CAAUAAUUUUGCAGCGGGUACCGUUAGAUGGCAGUGUUUAAAAUUCGAAUACGAACUAUUGGUUCAUGAAAUCUGAAUAGGAGCAAGAUGGCGGGUGUCAUUGCUCGUUGCGUUCAGAUUCCAAGGAGACAAUUAGGUCUCCUUGGAUAUCUUGUGAGUGGUCAGCAAACUAGGACACUUGCCGAUGGUGCUCCUGAAGGAAAAAAAGUUGGUGGUCCUUUGGCUGACCAGGACCGCAUCUUCACCAACUUGUAUGGCAGACAUGACUGGAGAUUGAAAGGAGCUUUGAAACGAGGCGAUUGGUAUAAAACUAAGGAAAUCCUGGACAAGGGUGCAGACUGGAUCAUCAAUGAGGUUAAAGUCUCUGGUCUUAGAGGUCGUGGAGGAGCCGGAUUCCCUUCUGGAAUGAAAUGGUCCUUUAUGAACAAACCAUCAGAUGGCAGGCCAAAGUAUCUUGUUAUUAAUGGUGAUGAGGGAGAACCGGGAACCUGCAAGGAUCGUGAAAUUCUUCGUCAUGAUCCUCACAAGCUCGUAGAAGGUUGUUUGAUUGCUGGUAAAGCCAUGGGAGCUUGUGCAGCAUAUAUAUACAUCCGUGGAGAAUUUUACAAUGAAGCCUCCAAUGUACAAGUAGCCAUUGCAGAGGCUUAUCAGGCUGGUUUAAUUGGCAAGAAUGCUUGUGGUUCUGGUUACGACUUUGAUAUUUUUGUACAAAGAGGUGCUGGAGCUUACAUCUGCGGAGAAGAAACAGCCUUGAUUGAAUCUAUCGAAGGUAAACAAGGCAAGCCCAGGCUAAAACCUCCUUUCCCAGCCGAUGUUGGUGUCUUUGGAUGCCCCACUACAGUAACAAACGUAGAGACAGUGGCUGUAGCUCCGACUAUCUGUCGUCGUGGUGGCACCUGGUUCGCUUCUUUCGGUCGUCCACGUAACAGUGGCACCAAGCUGUACAAUAUAUCCGGUCACGUGAAUAACCCCUGCACUGUUGAAGAGGAAAUGUCCAUCCCUCUUAAAGAACUAAUUGAAAGACAUGCUGGUGGCGUCAUCGGCGGUUGGGACAACCUGCUGGGUGUAAUUCCUGGUGGAUCUUCGACUCCCAUCAUUCCGAAAAGCGUCUGUGACACUGUACUCCUAGACUUCGAUGACCUCGUCAGAGUGCAAAGUUCCUUUGGAACUGCUGCUGUGAUCGUGAUGAAUAAGCAAACCGAUGUAAUAAAGGCUAUCGCCCGUCUAAUAAGUUUCUACAAGCAUGAGUCCUGCGGGCAGUGCACACCCUGUCGAGAGGGUAUCAGCUGGAUGUAUAAGAUAAUGAAUAGAUUUGUCGAAGGAAAUGCCGAGGAACAUGAAAUUGAUAUGCUUUGGGAGUUGACAAAGCAGAUCGAACUUCACACUAUAUGCGCCUUGGCCGACGGUGCCGCCUGGCCUGUUCAGGGACUUAUUAGGCAUUUCAGGCCCGAGAUUGAAAAUCGCAUUAGAAAAUUCAAGGUCGCAGCAUCCAACUGAAGAUCUAAAGAAGUUAGAAUAAAAUAUACCACAAAAAACCUAUUAUAAAAUGCUGUAUUUAUUUCCAAUGUAUAUAGAGGUGUGUCUACAUACGUAAUGCAGUGAUACCUCCUCCUCUGUAGGCAAUGGUUGGCUCUCUUCGGCAGAGGGCUGACUAAUAAACGUAAAAUGAUUAUCUCAUCAAA